UUACCUGCGUCUUUUACUGUGUUGCUGAUUGUGAAUAUGUUUUUGGCACUUUUGGCAUUAUCUAGGAACCUUAGUUGAAUCUAAGUUUGAUAAGGUGAAGUAUUGGUUUGCUUUUGAUAUUGAACUUUUAUAGUUGUCUAAAAAGUUCAAUAUAAGAAUAAAGACAGUAAAUUACUAUUAUAAAUCUCAGACAGAAAGCACCUGCUACUCUACAAUGUAAAGAAGCAUGUGGUCCCCCUAGUUCUGUUUGGAGAUGGGUGCAAUUACAAUCCUUCUCUUUAAUCUCUCUUCUGUGUUUCUUUUACAAAUCCAGCCUUGCUGUAGCAAUUACCUUUCAUGAAGUUACAAGGAUGCGUUAGGAGGAAAACGCCUUUAAUUUAAAUCGUGGCUCAACCCCAAAAGAUUAAAUAUAAUUGGAUCCUAACAGUUCUGAUAAUAAUCCAUAUAAUCCAGAUGUAGUAAACAUCUAGAUAAAAAGUCAGUCGGGUCUGAAGCUCUCACAACUUUGAUAAAUUCAGAUUUGAAUCUGUAAUGAUUUUCAACUCCACUGAUUUCAGAUGCUCUGGAAUCUGUAUCCAUCUUUAAGAAGGAUGCUAAAGCUGAAAGUAUUCCUCUGCUUUAGACUCUGUGGGGUUUUCUGUGUGUCUCUAACCUCUAGAGAAAAGGAACUGCAUGGAGAAGGAGGCUAACUAGGUUGCUGAAGUCAAGCAGCAUUAACCCAACUUUGGCAGCUUGGGUCUAUGUCUUAUGACAUGGAGAUGUAUAACCUGAAUGUGAUUACAAGUAAUUAUAAAUUAAGUAUGCAGUUACAACAAUUAGUUAAUGCUUAUUCAGUGUUUCUUUUUCCCCUUCCUAGAUUGCAGGGUAGCUCACAAGCCUUUUACAGUCUUGACUCUAGUUUAUAGAUGAGAGGAUGAAGUUGUUAAAUGUGGAGUCAUUCAAGGUCAAGUGAACCACUGUCAAAACUAGAAAGAGUUCAAGUUUGAUGCCUUUUUCUCAUGGAUAUGCCACUUUAUAAUUUUUUAUAUUUGUAGGUUUUUUUUAUAAAUUAUUAUAAUUUGCUAAUGAUGUUGUAAGUAACCAGAGAAAAUGUGCAGGUGAUUGCUUGUUUUGUUGAGGCACUUUUGCCUUGCUUUUCCUUGAAGCUAGGUUUUUGUGGGUUGAAAAUAUGAGUAAAUGGGUGAAGUCUGCAUUUGUUUCUCUUUACACAAAAUAUGCAUAAGAUUGCCAGUAAAACUGUUUUUGACUUCCUGUGGAAAAAGUACAUAUUUCUUUACCAUAGCUUUGUAGGUGCUUCAUCUGUUCAUCACUGUACUUGGCCAGGCUACGUCUUGAUGGACAACAAGUGAUUCCAUCUCCUAAGAUAUAGUAACCAGCAGCCAGAUCAACAAAGGGGUUAAAACUGAGACAGCCCUUUUACUUCAGUGGAAGUGUAGUUGUUGAUUUAUAGCUCUCAGUAAAUGAUUAUUGGAGAUCUGCCAUGUGUAGCAGAGCAUUCAGAAAGCACACCACAGACUCUGCUUCCUCCUGAAGAGCGUUUGUCAACAUCUCACUUUAGCUGCAGUCUUGUAAGGUACCAGCAGGCAGGCAAAACUCACCAGCCAGCAGUCAUGGAAGAUCAGGUCUUUACCAAUGUUUAUCAAAAUGUUAACACCACCAAUAUCUAUGAGAUUCAGGGCUCUAAAGAAGACAAAAGGGAUAAUCUUUAUGAUCAUGUCCAUGAAGAUCCAGUGUCUCCUUCUUCCAUCACUACUCUCCCCGAGAGCAUGGAUAGUAGCCAGGACAGCUCAGAAGAUAGCUGUAGUAAUUCUGUGGCCUUUCAGCAUGGGGCUGAUGGGGAGGAUGGUUCUUCUUCAUCUCACCAUGGUGCUGAAGAAGACCACCCAUACCAGGAGAUGGAUCUGAUGAGCCCAACUCUGGAAGAUAAACAUGUAGAGGGCAUGAUGUUUAAGAGCAACAUGCAUUUUCCUCUGGAUUUCCAGUUGCGUCGGAGCCGGAGCACUUCUUCCAACUCUCCAACUUCCCUCAAGUUCCCUCUUAACAAUAACUUCGGAGAAACUGACAACUUUCAGGAAGAUUGUGAGAUUUUCAUGUUUGUAAAGGCUGGGAUAGAUGGAGAAAGCAUUGGGAACUGCCCAUUCUCCCAGCGUCUCUUCAUGAUCCUCUGGCUCAAAGGAGUUGUGUUCAACGUCACCACUGUUGAUCUGAAAAGAAAGCCAGCUGACCUACACAAUCUGGCUCCUGGGACCCACCCACCUUUUUUGACUUUUAAUGGAGAAGUCAAGACAGAUGUUAACAAGAUUGAGGAAUUCUUGGAAGAGACUCUUGCACCUCCAAAGUACCCCAAGCUGGCUGCCAAGCACCGGGAAUCAAACACUGCUGGAAUUGAUAUCUUUUCCAAAUUUUCUGCAUACAUCAAAAACACCAAGCAGCAGGAUAAUGCUGCCCUUGAAAAAGGUUUGGUGAAGGCUCUGAAGAAGCUGGAUGACUAUCUGAGAACCCCUCUGCCAGAGGAGAUUGAUGCAGACAGCACUGAAGAGGAGAAAGUGUCUAAACGCAAGUUUCUGGAUGGAGAUGACCUGACCCUUGCUGACUGCAAUCUUCUGCCCAAGCUCCAUGUUGUCAAGAUUGUUGCAAAGAAAUACCGCAACUUUGAGUUCCCAACAGAGAUGACAGGGCUGUGGCGGUACCUGAAGAACGCGUAUGCCAGGGAUGAAUUCACCAACACCUGUGCAGCUGACAAGGAAAUUGAGCAAGCUUAUGCAGACGUGGCCAAGCGGCUCAGCAAGUCCUAAGUGACCUCAGUGGUGGCUCAUUAUCCCCUUUUACAGACUCUUCUCCUUGUUGCCUUAAGAUAUACUUUGUUGUUAUGCUAUCUGGUUGGCAUCCCUAUGACUUCAUCUGUUCAAGUGUAUUGGUAAGGGACAAAUCUGCUUCUCCCUUGAGAAAAGAGAAAGCAGCUCUAGUGUGGGAUCAUGGAGACCUUUUGAAAUCUGAACCUGAGAUCUUGCUCAACUAGUAUUAUUUGCAAUCAGUAUUUGAAAUUAAUCCACUUUAAUAGUUCCUUUUUUCAUGUUGGGGUAUAUCACCACCUGUGUUCUUUGGAGUUUUAAAAAUAGGAUAUUAGCUGAAUUUUCAAGAGUUAGGAACACAUAGAACGGGUUCUUCUGUAGGCUAUUUCAAGGACGUUUUUUUCCCUAGUGCUGUUGACAUCCUUGAGGCAGGAGCAAAAUCUGAGAGGGGUUGGGGGAAAAGGCGUAUGACCCUAAAGGAGAAAUGUUUUUAACAGUUAUAUUUAAAAAAAAAACAACUCUCAGACUACAUAUUCUGUUUUAGCAGGCCCAAGAGUUUAUAGGGCAUUUGUUUUUAACUUGGCACAAGAGGGGGAAACCUGAACAAGUAUGUCAGACUUGCAGAUGCUACUUUGCAUAGAAUUUACAUGAUAUUGCUGGAUCUGAAUAUUUAAACAAACAAGAAUGAACAAGUAAUUGGGUGGGCAGACCUUGGAUCUGCAAGUUGGUAGUGACAUGCAGACACAGUGAUAAUGGGGACAGCAUAUUGUCUCCAGUGACUAUAGAGGAAAUUGGCAAAGCUAACCAAACGAUGCAGGGUAUUGUCAUCUUGACUGUGUGGUUGCCAGUUCCUUUAUGACUGCUAUCUUGGGAAACUUGGAUAGGCAGUAGAAAGCUGUUGCUGCACAUGAAUUCCAGGUAGGGGGGGGCAUUUUCCUCAUGUUGGGCUCCAAAUGGAUCACUUUCAAACACUCAUCAUCUCACCCCAGAAGUUUGCUCUGAGACCCUCAGAGAGGGCAGGCUAAAACAGAGAGAGGCACACUUCCAUCCAGAAAUUCAACAAGUAUGCUAGCCAAAAUCCAUUCAUGAUGCCUUAGUCCCAUUCAUCCAGGUUUGACCCAUUCAGGUUACAUGAUUCUGAAUUAGGAUUAUGUUCUAAAACCAAUUAUUUGUUCUAUCUGUAGCAUCUACAUGACACAAUCUGUUUUAUGUGAGUGAUUAUUUGCACCUUACUUUAGCAAAUUCAUAAUGACAGCUCUUUUGCAUGAAACCCAGCUGCCCUGAUAUGUACAGCAGUGCACAUGGCUCUUGAUUUUCAGUUUGGGGAGAUUUAGUGUUGUUUUCAGGGAUAAAAUAAGGCUAAGAUGUAACCCAA